AUUUUGUCUUAGGCGGAAGUAAUAGUGGUCUCCCUAUGUGGUCUCCUCAUAGACAGUCUCCUUCAUUCAGAAUCUGAGCAGGACACAAUGGCAUUAAGAGCUGCAUUAAGAAAAAAGUGCGGCUUGUCAGGUCUUCUUUCCCAACGGUCCUCCUGCAGCAGUCAUGGCAGAGUUUGUGUGUCUCCCGUCCUUGUUGCUCAGCAGAGGAACAACUCCACCUCCCCCAUGAUCGAUGUGGAAUUUGACCAAAGCACAGGUGUGGCUGUGAUGCGCAUGCAGAGUCCGCCGGUCAACAGCCUCAGUUUAGAUUUCCUCACAGAGUUCUGCAUCGGUGUGGAGAAGCUGGAGAUGGAUAAGGGCUGCAGAGGCCUCAUCAUCACCUCGAACCAGCCCAAGGUGUUCUCAGCCGGGCUGGAUAUCAUGGAGAUGUACGGGAAGAGUCCGGAGCGCUGCGGAGAGUUCUGGAGAGCCGUUCAGGAGAUGUACCUGAAGCUCUAUAGCUCCAACAUGGUCACUAUAGCUGCAAUCAAUGGUUCCAGUCCUGCAGGUGGCUGUCUUAUGUCUAUAACGUGUGACUACAGGAUAAUGGCGGACAACCCUCGGUACAGCAUCGGCCUCAAUGAGACGCAGCUGGGCAUCGUAGCACCUUUUUGGUUCAAGGACACCAUGGUGAACACAGUUGGCCAUCGAACCACAGAGAUGGCUCUGGAGCUGGGGCUGCUCUACAACCCGUCAGAAGCCCUGAAGAUAGGACUGGUGGACCAGCUGGUACCUGAAGACCAGGUCCUCACCACAGCUACUCAGGCCAUGACCAAAUGGUUGGCUAUUCCAGACCACGCCAGACAGAUCACCAAAUCCAUGAUGAGGAAGCCAACCGUCGACAAGCUAACGUCCAACAGAGAGGCCGACAUCCAAAACUUUGUCAGCUUCAUAACCAAAGACUCCAUUCAGAAGUCGCUCCGCAUGUAUUUGGAGAUGCUUAAAAAGAGAAGAGUCUAAUGGAGAGAGGCAAAACCUAUUACAGGAAGUUUGUGACAUUUGUUGAAAACAGUGUUGUGUGAGUUAGUGUUAAUACACCUUCCUAACAGUGUACAACCAGCAGGCAAAGGGAGAGACAUAUCCAGGAUUGACACUAAUGAUUCACUGAUAAAUAAAUGUAUUUGUCACAUUUCACAGUACAUUAGUGACUGUGAAAAAACGUUUAGUUUAUUUUGAGGAAUAUUUCGUAACAUGAUAACAUUUGAAUUCAAAGCAAAUAAACACGCUGUUAGGCAUAAUAAACAGUGAGUAUCCCUAACUAGAGAGAGAGAGAGAGAGCAAGCAGCAGUAGUGGUUGAGUGAGCUACAAAGGGAAUGCUGAACAAAGCAGUAGUAAGAGGAAUAAAGUAUUCUUUUCUGACUGCUGGGGGGAAGUCGAUUACGGCCCCAGACAGGCCUCCACCAAGUGCCUAGACAUACUGUACUUUUAGGAGCCAUGACUUAUGAAAGUAAGCUUGAUGUAUUUGAACAGCCCACAGUGGUCUAAGUCUUUGUGAUCUUUAACAUAUUUAUCUACAACAUAUGACUGACUGCUCUUUAGUCUAGUAUUUCUCAAUAAAUAUUCAAUCAAUCUUAUGUGAUCAGAUGGUUUAUUGGUGUGAUUUAAAGAAGUUAAAGUUUACUAUUUUUGGCGCUACUUCUCUCAAGAGACUUAAAUUGUACCUCUAGUCACAUUAGGAAAUUAGACGGGCACUAGGAGAACGGAGACUACCAAAGCCACGCCCAGGCU